UCGCCAAUGGCUUAAAUUCUUAAACUCAAUAGAAAACUUUAAAUAAAAUUAGUGUUUAAAGAUAAAUUACCGAAAAUUAAUAACCGUGCCUUGUGGAUAUUAAAUGUAAAAUGGAUCCUCACACUUUAAAAUAUUUGAUUAUUUUGGUAUUGUUUACUUCGUGCAAUUGUAAAUCGCUAUUAUCAAUUGAGAAAAUCUAUUUAAAAGGCGUGCAAGCGUAUACUGGCGAAAGAUGGAGCGAGUGCAUAUCAAAGUUUGAAGAAUCUUUACAUUUGUAUAAACUUUACAAUUCUAUAUUUAUAAAUUGUGGCGUGAAAUGCAAGACUCAAGCAAAACACUCACAAAUAGAACCAAACUUUAAUGAAUUAAGAAUUUUCGAAUCAUUUUUAAAUGAGAGAUAUUGUUUAAUAAACUGCAGAGAUAAAGAAUUGGAAGCAGUUCGGAUAAACAGUAUAGUCAAAGAUAAUAUAUUAGAAGAUUUUCGAUCACGUAAGCCUUAUGGAUACUUACAUGUUUGUUACUUCCAAAUGAAUGCGCUGCAGAAAGCGGCAUCAGCCGCCUACACAUAUUAUCAAGCUCAUCAGACUGAUGAUGUGAUGAAGAAUAAUAUGAAGUUCUAUGUUGGAUUGCCUGAAGUAAGCCUGAAUGAAGUGGUUGACAUGGAAAGUGAAGAUUUUGAAGUCUUGCACAAAGUCGGGUUGGAGUCUUAUGAACAGAAAAAAUGGGGCGAAACAAUUAUGGCCAUGGAAGAAGUUAUAGCAGAUUACUUGUCCUGGGAAAUGGGUUGCCGUGUAGCAUGUGAGCACCUACCGGAGCAAGAAUGGUCUCCAGAAUUUGCCAUUUCUGUGUCAAACAACAUGCUAUCUCUGUUACAAUGCAGACAACAAUGUCAAAACAAACUCUCAAUACUUGGUUUUAAAUCGGGUAUUGAAUUCCUAGCUGAUACUUUGAAUUUUCUGCAGAUAUCCUAUUAUCAUGCGGACAAGUUUGAAGAAGCUGCUGUGGCUGUAGCUAGUUACCUAUCCAUAAUGCCAACUGAUGAAGAUAUGCUCCAUAACAGGGAACUUUAUUCUUCUUUCAUUGAUAAAAAUGCAUUCAAUGCAAGGCCUGAUAUUGUUUAUUACUUAAAAAAUGAUUUUUAUGAAAAAGAAGUUUUGUCCCACUUUCAUCAAACAAAUACUUUAAUACCAAUGCACAUUCUGAGGAGUUCUAGAUAUAUUUAUUGCCAUUCUAUAUUCUAUCAUAAUAAUGUUGUUUUUACUCUCUAAUGUGAAUUUGUUUAUGAUAUUUUUUUACCAGUUUUGCUAUUUAGAUUUAUCUGAGUCUGUGCCAUAUACAUAUUAGGUUAUCAAACUUUUUAUAAAUAACUGUUGUUCCUAGUUCCUACUUAUCUUAUACCUACUGAUAAUAAUGUAUGUACCUACUGUAAUAAUGUACAGUUCUGAUUCAAUUUAUAUCUUAGUAUACCAUGAUAUUUAUGCCUUUAACAUAAUUUACAAACUUAAUGUAAAUUAAUAUUAAGUAAGACUAAAAUGUCCAUCUAUUUUGUAAAAUCUAUUUUAACUUUAGGUAUAAUUAAGUAUAUUUUUUUAUUUUUAUACCAACAUGUAUAACUUCUAUAUAACUUCUUAAAAAUAAUAGAAUUAAUACUUAUUAUAACAGUGCCAUAUUUGCAAUAAAUGCCA